UAUUUAAUAAUGAUGAAUGUAAUAAGUAAUGUAUGUGUGAUGUUUGUGAGUUGUUAUGUGUUGUUGAUAUGUGGUGUGUGUAUAGUUUCUUGUUGUUGUUUAUUAUUUCUUUCUCAUCAUAUUCUACGUUUGUCUUGUAGCGUUUUCUUGGUUCCACUAUUCUCCAUCUCUUGGCGUCCCGCGCACGCGUGUCAGCAAUGAGACGCGUGUUGGAAAAAACCAACAAGAAGAUUAACACGCAAGACUUCUAUGGACGCACACCACUACAUUACUGUCUACAGAAUGAGGGGCUGACGCACGAGCAACACAAGGAAGUCGCAAUUAUCAAUAUCACCUUUGGCGCGUCAGUGAUAAUAAAAGAGACGGAAGGAAAGACGCCUCUUGAUUUGUAUGAUGAAAAUAAAUGUAAAAGAUACGAAAAAACCACGAGAAGUAAAAAGAAACAAGAUUUAAAAGAAUUACUUGAAAGACUAUCAAUUCCGUCAGAGAUUUUAUCCAGGGGUCCUGAUGCGGUCAAAGCAUUCAAAGAUGCACUUAAAAACGGUGAAAUAACAGUUGUUAAUUCAAGACUGAUGUUUCUUGGUCAAGAGGGUUCCGGUAAAACCUCUUGUGUUAAAGCCAUGCUGGGAAAAGAAUUUAACAAGGCAGAGCCCUCAACCGAUGGUAUUGUUACAACUAAAACUGUCUUUCAAACUGUCGGUAAGGAUUACAGCAUAUGGGAGGAGCAGAAAGAUGUAGACGAGAUUGAACGAACUAAACAGAUACGCGAACACGCUAUCGCUACGAAUGUAGCAAAGACGUUCGAUUUCACUGCUUCUACGUCCUCAUCUGAUCGUGGAAGGAUAGCAUUUCCAUCUACGUCCGCAUCUCCUCUCGAAGGAACAUCAGCUGCAUCUGUAUCAGAAAUUGAUCCCAGAAAAAUGUCAUCUUUAUCCCCUGUGUUUAUCAGACGGUUUAAAGAAAAAACUAUAUCUGAAGACAGGGGAGAAUCUACCGGUCUGCUUCAUGAAAUGCGAGUAUCGACCAAUCAACUUAAUGAAAUGCGCAAGAAAGUCAUCGACAAACUUGCCAACAAGAGUUCUGAACCGAGUGAUGUAACUUGCAUAUGGGACUAUGCCGGCCAACUUGAAUAUUUCAUUACUCACCGAAUUUUUAUUACAGAUGGAAAUUCUUAUGGAGUUGUUUUCAGUUUGGUAGAUGCUUUGGAUAAGCUGGCAAAAAGAAGAGAUCCCAAAAAAGGACAUUUUGAGAUGACAAAUCUGCAAAUGAUCAUAUUUUGGAUAAGGCUGAUAUAUGAGUAUGCUGUACUGCUACGUGGCUCAGAGGAGAAACCUUUGAUCAAUGGAAUUAUAGCAUCUCCGACGAUUAGUCUGAUUGGGACCUCUUAUACACAUCUAGAUGUUGAUGACAUGUUCGACAGAAUAUUUAAGGAGCUCGAAGGAACACCAUACGAACGUCACGUAGAUCGUGAGAGGUAUGCCGUAGACAACACCACAGCACUGGAUGAAGGGAUUCAAAGACUGAAAAUAAAAGUAGGCGGUUUCAUGAAGUCAAUGGCAAGAACUGUUCCAUUAAAUUGGAUGGACUUCCAAAUUGAGGUACAAGAAGCCGGGAAAACAACUCUGCGCAUGUCUUUAGAUAAGAUCGCUAAGAUUGCUGAUCAAUGUGGUAUAAAUGAAGACAACGUCAUCCACGUCCUCAAUUACCUUAAUGAUCUUGGAAUCAUCCUGUAUUCGCCCACUUAG